AUUUUUGCAGAAGCCAUGGCCAAAAAACAAUCAACCAAGUUACCAUCCAUAAGGAAGAAGCAACUCGUUGAAGAAAUCGCACAUUUUGUAGAUGAUCAUCAAAAAGAAGCAGAGAAGCGGCGUAAAGAGUUGACUGAGAAAGUUGACGAGCUCUACCUGCAGCUGCGAAAUGAUCUAUUCGAAGCAGUCAAAUCAGUUUUAUCGGAAAACGUGCUCAGCAGGAAUCUAUAUGACUUUUUGAAUGCACCACCUACGGAAGGAUCGGUAAAGUCAGCUGAUGAUGUACCAACAGGAAGUAGCGCUUCUUCGGGGGACGUGAAGAUGAAGUUGACUGAAGUUGAAGCUGCGUCGGUCGCUGCUGAGCAAAUGGAUUUUGGAAUGAAAAGUGUUUUUACUCCUUUGCAAGAGAACUCAGCUGUCCUGAAUAUGCCUUCUGUGAUUCGUCCGAAAUUGGACGACGUGAGGAGAAAUCAGUUUCGCGCGGCACGUGACGACGAACUCGCAUUCUCUGUGGACGGGUCACCGAUCGUUGUCUUGCCAGCGGAUGCAGAUCCCGAGACUCGGGUUUUCAAACAGAUGAUGCAAGAAAAUGGCGACACCUUUUCGCCACAGUCGCGUGAAGUGCUUUUGACUUUCAAAAACCUUCUGCGACAGAAAGUGGAGAAAGCGAAUACAAUGUCACAAAAGACGGAAUGAAGUCCAACCUUAAUAUGCUAAGCAUAUUAUCGAUUUGUCUAUGUCUUAAUCUUUCCAUGCAUCGUUCCUCGUUGCUUUUCUUAACUCAGCUUUGCGUACUCAAUUUCCGAAGAAUAAAUCUUCGU